UCGCCCGAACGAGAUUUAAUACCAUCCACCUCCAUCCAUUUCUUUUAUUUAAUUAGUUUUUAAUUUAGAUUUCUAACUCUAAUUUAUUGGCCUCGCAGCCUUUUAAUUUCGGUGCUCCCGCCAUCGGUUCGUUUCGGUUUGCCACGGGCUCGGUUCCAUCCUCCGAUCCUGAACGAUCAGCUUGGUUUUUUUCCCAGAGAAACUGAACUGGCAACUGGGUGUUGUGUUGAGUGAAAAUUGCGUGGAGCAGUGCAAGGCAAAAUGUCGAAGAACAAGAUAAACACAACCUCUGCCACGGCGGCCGCAGGGGAGACAGUUCUGAUCGAGGUGAAAUCCAAGUUCGAUGCGGAGUUCAGGCGCUGGAGUUUCAAGAGGAACGAGACGGAGCAGAGCUUCGACAAGUUUGCGGCUCUCGUCGAACAGCUCCACAAGUUGGCCAACAUUCAGUUUCUCAUCCUGUACAUCGAUCCGCGGGACAACGAUCUUUUGCCGAUCAACAACGACGAUAAUUUUCUCCGGGCCCUGAAGACGGCACGUCCGCUGCUGCGAGUUAUAGUUCAGCGAAAAGAUGACCUGAACGAGUACUCUGGCUUUGGGACGAUGAAGCCGCGAAAUCUAAUCGGCAGCAUAUUGAUGGGCCACACGCCCGUAAAGACCAAGGCGCCGUCGAUAUCGAUUCCCCACGACUUCCGUCAGGUGUCGGCCAUUAUAGAUGUGGAUAUUGUCCCAGAAACACAUCGAAGGGUGCGAUUGCUUAAGCAUGGCAGCGACAAGCCGUUGGGCUUCUACAUCAGAGAUGGGACCUCCGUACGGGUAACGGCUAGCGGAUUGGAGAAACAGCCGGGCAUCUUUAUAUCCCGCCUAGUGCCGGGGGGUCUGGCAGAGAGUACCGGUUUGCUGGCCGUCAACGAUGAGGUAAUCGAGGUCAAUGGCAUCGAGGUGGCUGGCAAGACCCUCGACCAGGUGACCGACAUGAUGGUGGCCAAUAGCUCUAAUCUAAUCAUUACCGUGAAGCCGGCAAAUCAGCGCACUCUAACCUCGACACAUCGCGGCUCCUUCUCGCGGAACAGUCAGCUUUCGAGUGGAUCGCAUCACACCAAUAAUACCAACACCUCCGACGAGAUUGAGCAUGACGAUCAGGACGAUAUCGUUGACCUCACGGGGGUGACACUCGACGAGAGUCCCACAUCCACAUCCGCUGGCAAUCACAAUCACAACCAGGUGGCGACGUCGGCGCAACCAUUAUCCUCAUCACCUUCGUCGCAUCACCAGCAGGCAGCCUCCAAUGCGUCCACGAUAAUGGCCAGCGAUGUCAAGGAUGGAGUGCUGCACUUGUAGGAUUAGCUAGCCAUCAUCAGCAUCAUAUUCAUUAACAGAUCAAAUCAGAUCGGAAAGACUUACGCAAAGGCAAGCCAGAAAAAGACCAGAAAAAGUGUUGUUCUUAAGCUCUCGAGUCAAUUAUUUAAAAUUAUGCAAGCUAGGACACUAUAAUUGAUUACAAAACUAUUUUACUCACUGUCACUGCUCAACGACUGCGCCUUGCGAAGGGUGUCUGAAAAGUGAUGAGCAUAUCCCGUAAUGGCAGCAUUUUGUUUGGCUUUUGCAGUGAGUAGGGAGCUAAACGAUCCAAUUAUUAUUUGUGCAGAGUUUUCGAUUUCGUCCCCUCAUUAACAUUCCUCAAAACUCUCCCAACAACUAUUCAUUUGCACGUUUUUUGAAUGCAGUUCAGUCAGUCAUCCCUUUUUUCUCCCACCCUCGGAAUAUAUCGAUAUAUAUAAAUAUUUUUUUGUGUGUAUUUAAAUUUGUAAGAUUUACGUCUUGUUAUUAUUCUUGCUUGUUGCCUUAGAUUAGAGUGAGAUAGUGGCAGAGGCGGAGCAUCAAAUGCAGAAGACAGAAGAGAAGAGAGAGAGAUACAUAUAUAGAAAGAGAAAUUUACUUAAUUAAUAAUUCAAAACGAAACAAAGAUCAUAUAUACAAGCACGACUAAUUUAUAACCAAAAACAUUCCAUUUGAUGUAGCAGAAUCUAUAUUUUUUAAACGUGUGAGACGACGAUUAAACUCGGUGUACUUUUUA